AUGGGCGCCACGAUCAAGAAUGUUAUUAUUCUGGGAGCGUCUGGAAGUGUGAACUCUGUUGCUAUUCCGGCUUUGAAGGAACUCGACUUUAACGUAUCAGUCGUUGUGCGACCGCUCUCCAAAUCUUCUUUUCCCGACUACGUUACGGUACAUAAACGCGACUACACAACAGAGAUUCUCACUUCUAUUUUCACUGGUCAAGAUGCUGUCAUCUCAGUGAUUGCUGCAAGCGAUGUUACUAUACAAAAGAAUGCUAUUGAUGCUGCUGUAGCUGCGGGCGUGAAACGAUUUCUUUCCACCGAAUAUGGCGGUGAUACUUCACUACCUGAGAUUGAGAAGUUUACACCGUUUGCCCAGGGAAAAAAGGAAGUCUUUUCAUAUCUGAAGAGCAAGGAACCCGAGGGCCUCACAUGGACUGCUCUGUAUACGGGUCCAUUCUUCGACUCGCUGCUAGAGAUUGGUACUGGUCUGAUGGGUUGGGAGAUUGAAGACUACAAGGCUACGAUAUAUGACUCGGGCAACCAGCGAUAUGACGCAACGAAUUUUGAGACCGUGGGAAAAGCGAUUGCAUCAGCAUUAACGCACCCCGAUAUCACCAGAAAUCAGCAGGUAUAUGUCAAUUCGUUCAAAGUAUGUCGGAAUGAAGUGAUUGAGGGGUUGGAGAGGUUACUGGGGAAGAAGAUAGCCAUCUCACGGGCUUCCUCGGUGGAGAUAGCAGAAAGAGGGCGGCCGACGAUCGCUAACGGUGAAUGGUAA